UAUUUUCAUUUUUGUUUAAGAUUUUUGAUGCGAACUCUUUUCUUUGUUUGUUGUCUUUUCAUAGCCUUCAGUGUUUGAUUUGUUUGUUAAUCUCUGUGAAACGGGACACUUCUCAUUCCGUAUGUCCUAAUGCUGGUUGUAUUUGAGAUCAAAUUAUGGUUUCACUUUGUCCUGCUUUUUCCAUUUGUAUAGUGUGGAUUUGUUAGCGGUACUAAUUUCAAGAUAGAUUUACGAUAGCUUCAGGUCCUGGAAUACCAGACCCUUCGAAGAAUAAAUCGGAGAACAAGAAAUGAAAAAGUGAAAUCGUAAUGAAUUGCUUGUGGAUAACUUUUUUGGUUACAAUGUUUGGUUUUUUUCUUUCGCUAUAUGUUCAAUUUGCUUGUAAAUGUACACUUUUAUUGUUCGUAAAACUAAACUAAAAAGAACAAGGGAAAAUAACUUUCUGGCCCUUUAAUUUGCUAUAAAGUUGGUCAUUCAAAGUUAUCUCACUGAAUUUCAGUCCUGAAAAACAAGGUUUCUCAAGAUGAACAAUUUCGGUGCAUUUGGUAAACUUCACAGGAAUCCUCGAAGAUGUUUGCUUCAUUUAACCCAAAACUUCAGUUUAUGGUGUUAUUAACUGAAGUGGUUUGGUCGAGAGUCCAUGGUGUUUAAGCUGAUCUCUUAUUAACAUGCUGCUGAUGCAAAAUUUCUGGUUGAAACAUUCUGCUUGACCCGUUUGAAUGGAUAAAAACAGUUAGACAAGCUGAGGAUAGUUGGCAAAAAUGGUCAGAACGUGGGUCUUAAUAGGAGUUUCUUAAUGGCUUGAACAUCUCGAUUGGGCAUAUGGACAGUGUUUUAGGUUCAAAUAGUCUUGAAGAACCGAUCCAACCACCGGGCCGAUCUCUGCUGCCUGGGCUGCCAGAUGACAUUGCUCUUUCCAUCCUCUCAAGGAUUCCUCGAAAAUACCAUCAUAAUCUGAAAUGUGUCUCAAAGAGAUGGAAAGAUCUGUUGAGCAGUGAAGAGUGGUAUUCAUGCCGUGAAAAGAAUCAUCUUGCCGAGACUUGGAUCUAUGCUUUGUGUAGAGACAAGUCUGAACGAGUUUCAUGUUAUGUUUUGGAUCUUAACUCGUCAAAAAGGUGUUGGAAACGGAUGAAAAGUUUACCAACUUGCAGCUUUAAGAGGAAGGGAAUGGGGUUUGAAGCAAUGGGGAAGAAGCUCUAUUUAUUAGGUGGUUGCAGUUGGUCUGAAGAUGCUACUGAUGAAGUUUACUGCUACGAUACUUCCAAAAACAGUUGGAUUAAGGUUGCACCAUUGUCAUCUGCAAGGUGCUACUUUGCAUGUGAAGUCUUAAAUGAAAAGCUUUAUGCCAUUGGGGGAUUAUGCUCCAAUUCAGGUGAUCCACAAUCUUGGGACGUAUAUGAUCCAUGCUCUAACACUUGGGAAUCUCACUUGGAUAAAAAUAUUCAGAAUGAAAUAGAAAGUUCCAUAGUGAUGGAUGGAAAGAUUUAUGUUCGUCUCCAUUCUUCUGUGGAUUCUCAAGCUUAUGCUAUGGUUUACGAACCAUCAAGUGGGAUGUGGCAGCGGAGCGACUCAGAAAUGGUUUCAGGAUGGCGAGGUCCAGCAGUCAUCGUAGACGAGACCCUUUAUGUCCUGGAUCAAAGUUCUGGAACCAGACUGAUGAUGUGGAGUAAUGAGGACAAGGAAUGGCUUCCGGUGGGGAGAUUUUCUGCCCUUCUAACGAGACCGCCAUGUCAACUUGUUGCUGUCGGGAGAAGAAUCGUCGUGGUAGGGAAGGGACUCAGCAGUGUCAUCUUUGAUGUUAGCAAUGGAAGGACUAUGGAGGGGGUGAUGGUGAGUUCCUCUAUACCUAGAUUAGAUUCUGAUAUUGAUGUACUUGCCUGUAAAUGUAUAACAAUUUAAGAUGUCACCACCUGAUAGAGAAGGGUGCCAUCAUGCAAUACCAUAAUGUACAUACUCUUUCAAUGAAAUAUUUGAAUCUCCAAUUGGAGAAUUGGCCAUUUGUUACGUUCCAAUUCUCCAGUUGUGAUUAUACAUAAUCGCAGGAUGGUUAUAAUUGUAUA